AAUAUUCAUUUUUCGCAGUCUGAAAAUGCUUCACAAAGAAUAUCUAUGCCUCCUGUGGCAUCAAAAUGUUAGUGGAGUAUUCAUUACCAGGCACAGCAUUUGUAAAACCUCGAAUAAGAGUCGAUUUACGAGAAUUAGAGAAGAGAGUGUUAUCGACAAGAGAUACUACUGCCGUUCAGUUGAAAGAGGUGUGUUUUGCAUUAGUGAACUUUGAGGAUAAUAGACCCAGAAUAUAAUUAUAAAUAUUAAAGAGAUCGAUGGAUUCUUCACAAAAAUCUCCAGUUAGCAGAGGCGACGCCAGGGAAGUGACGAGAGAGAAGUUGGAAACCGUUCUUAAGAGUUUUCACAAGACACGAAACCCAGAUGUCGAUCCUGUGCUUGAGAUUCGUGACUGGACGAUCGAGGAGAAGAGUUCCGAGAGGGAGGGAUUCCUGUCCGAACAAGUGUCAGCAAGUGUCAAAUACGUGUCAGCAGGGGAGGAACUCUGCGCUCAUCUCCUGUUCAAGUUUCUGCCGCAGGAUGAGCAUGCGUUGGCGCUCAUGCGAGAAAACCUCUUUGACCUGAGGGAGGUCAAGUUCUACACUCAGGUCAAGCCCGCUCUGGAGAACAUCGAGAGGGCCCACCUAAGCGCAGACGACUUGGCCGUGCCUUGGGCCCCCGCGCUCUACUACGCCAAGUACGACGCAGGGCAGGAGUCCAUGCUGGUUCUGGAGAACAUGUGUCCCCACGGCUACAAGGUUGAGGAUUUCAACAAGGGCCUGAGCUACGUCCAGGCGAAGUCUGCUCUGGUGGCCAUCGCCAACUUCCACGCCGCGUCUUUGGCGCUGCAGGUGAAGGAAGGGAAACCCCUCCAGGAGCGGUUCCCGUUCUUGUACUCGGUGGAACAAGCGGUGACCUGUUUCGCAUACCUGGUGGAGAGGCUCCUGCCGACAACCCUGGGCUUCUUCGAGUCCCGUAAGAACCGGCAGGAGGUUCGCGACCGCCUGCAGCGUUUCAUCAGUGGAAAAGACAUAAAGCUGGUGCUGCGCGAGGCCCUCACUCCUUCGGGGAAAUUUAACACUCUGCUGCACUACGACUUCUGGUGCAACAACCUCCUCGUUCGGAGCGAGGGCGACGCAACGCAUAGCUGCAUCGUCGACUGGCAGAUGCUAGCCUACGGACUCCCGGCUCUCGACGUGUCCCUCAUGAUCUGGUCGUCACUCACGCCCUCCGUCAGACGUCAGUACGGCCAAACCCUCCGCUCCGACUACUGGGCGGCGCUCACGUCCAGGCUCGCGAAGUUCGGCAUCGAUCUCGGGACGCUGGGCUACGGCAGGAAGGAUUUCGACGCGGAGUUCAGGGCCGCCGAUUUGGUGUCGGGGCUGAUCAUGCUCGGCAGCACGGAUAUCGCUUCGGGCUUCCCAGACAGGGAGGAAAGGCAUGUCGAGAUUAUUGCGGAUCUUGUUCAGGAAGGAAUAUAUUCUUAGACCCUCGAGGACAAUAAUAUUUUUAUCAAGGAGGGAAGGAUGCACGAGGAAUGUUCAGUGUUGUCUUCAGCAAUAUACAAAGCGAAACACUGUGGAAAUCUAGAUGUAGUUUAACAUCAAGAGAAUAAAAUUUCCUUGUUUUUA